UCAUAUCAAGUUCUGACAACAGAGGGAAAUACUAUCGAUUUAAAUGUAACCUAAAGUUUGUAUAAUAAUUGUAUAUUCUAAUUUAUUAAUGAUAUCCUUACUUUUCUUCCUGGAUUUUUCUUGCUGAAAACAAAAAGAAAAAUGUUAAAAUCGAAUUUUUGUGCAAACCAUUUAAAGAUGUUGAUUAGACCAUUUUUAAGCAGGACCACAUUAUUACAGAAUAAUGGCACAGAUUUUGUUUAUCAGCAAACACGGAAUGGUUUUAUAUUGAAAAGAAAAUUUAAACCACCACUUCUUAAAAAAUCUGAAAAAUACAGAAUGCUUAGGCCUAAAUAUUUUGUCUAUCAUUUUGUAGAACAUACUGAAAGUCAGAAACAGAAACCAAUCAAAUUGAUAUUAACGUCUGAUGUACAUAAGAUUGGUGCAAAGGGAGAAAUUGUUUUGGUGUCUCCUGAAAAAGCUUAUAAUAAUGUCAUUCUACCUAAAUUAGGAGUAUAUGCAACUGAAGAAAACAUUGGCAAAUAUAUUACAAAAAGCAUUGAUGAAGGACCUAAACUUUCUCUAGUAACAAAACAAACAAUAAAUAUUUUAUCACAUAUGAAUUUAUCUGUAUCAUUAUCACAAGAAGUUCCAUGGACUCUAGAAAAAUGGCAUUUAAAAGUAAGUUUCCGUAAGGCAGGAGUUUAUGUACCCGAAGAAGCAAUUACUUUACCAGAAAAAACUAUAUCUGGACCUGAUUUAUCUCUCGAAGGAAAACAAUUUUACGUCAUUGUAACAAUUAAUAAUAGCGAAAAAAUAAAAGUUAGGUGUAGGAUUCAUCAUCAUAAUGUAUUUAUACAAGAUUUUUGGAAAUAUUUGUUGGAGCCAAUUUUCCCAGAAGAUAAACCAAUAUUAGAUUCUAUGCCUAUACCUCGUAAUAUACAAAAUUUAGAAUAAAAUGUAUCAACUAAUUAUAUAUUUAAUUGUUAAUAAAUUUAUAAUGCAGAAUAAUUUAUUAUUAAUUUAUUAAAAUAUUAAGAUGAAAAAAGAAAAUCGUUGAAAUAGUAAUUUAAUUUAUGCAUUGCUUUUUCAGACACUAUCUUAUUAAAGCAAUAAUGUAUAUACACACAUACAUACGCAAUCAUGUUAAAAGAUAUAUAUAUAUACACAUUCGCGCGCGUACACACAUACACACAUUUGGACCUUUUAGUAAUCAAUAUAAUUCGAUUCUCUUAGAACUUCAAAAAUAUACUAUCCGAUUUGUCAAUAAUUUAUUUAUUUAAAAUGUUAACCUCUAAAUAUAUAUAGUAUCCUAAUAAAUGAUUUUAAUUU